CGUUCAUGAAGUAGAUUAGUGUUGAGGCAAACAGAGUAGUAACGGCAAACUGUUGUCCCUUUAAUACAUUGAAACCAUUAGUAAUUGAUUUUAACUCAAAAUCUAACAUAGUUUUUUCUUCACCAAGCCAUGCCCAAAAGCUUGACCAACUUACGAAUCGAUAAUGAGAAAUCGAUAGAUGUAAUUCACAGUAAAGUCCUGGUUUUAAUGAGUGUCUUAAUAACAAUUAAUCCAUGAAAGGGUCAUGUGCGCUUUUAAGUGGGAGUAAUAACCCCCCUCGUUUCCAGUAGUUGUUAACCUAACAAAAGACGUAGGCGAGCUUCACUCUAGAGGUAAUGGGUCAUGAAUAGGACAAGAUACGGUGACUAGAUGCUAGUACUUUGACUGAUAGAAUCCAAUUGGGUGCUUCUAAAAGCAGUUGAAGCAAGUUUUCAAGUGUUGUCUAUACACUGUAAUGAUAUAAUACAUCAGUAGCCCCAAUCCGAUCAUCACUUUGUCGGAAUGCCAAUGUAAAAGGCUAGGAUCCUGAUGGGCUAAGCAGUCAGUCAGACCUAACAAUACAAUCGUCAGGCCAAGAGUCCAACUAUAAUAGCCAUUAAACAAACACUUAGCCGGGCUGACAACGCUUCAAACACACUAAAUUGGCAGUACGGGUGCAGAUUUUCUCUAUGUUAUCGUAAAUGACUGCCAAAAAUUAACAUGAUAAUACACACGUGUUAAAGGAUUGCUUGCUGGCUGUACGUAUAGUUUUUUUUGUCAACAGGGGAGCGAGACACCUCAGAGAGUGAUCAUUCAUGUACUGGUGGUUAUUCAAGUCGAGGCCACGCACCGACCAGACCCACACACAGCUUCUCAUACUGCAACUAUUUACUUCAAAGUGCGUUGCAAGUAAUCGACCAAUCACAUCCCUCUCACUGACGACUUAUUUUGCUUGGCAUGAAAUAACCGCACGAUUUGACGUACCAUAAGCAAGGACGGACUCCACUGGUUUGGUCUAUACAUACUCAAGCCACAAAACCAACCACUCUCCACCAACAAUAUCUUAUGGCAGACAUCCGUGAUUUAACAUAGCUACCUUUUAAGAAAUAUUCCAGCUUUCCAACGGUAUUUAGCAGUGAUUCAGGACCGUUGGCAGCACGACGACGCAAGGGCAUAAGUUACCCCGCUACACCGAUGCAGUAACGCACGUAAUGACUGGACAUUUGCUCGUUAUUACCAAUGUGCAUUGACUCCUCCAUCAAUCUCAAUCUAAGCCAAAACCAACUGGACUUUAACAACCUUAGAAGAAAAGAUCUUGUCAUCUCAAUUACAGUAGACGAUACAUCAUCGUAGAAGCCUGCUGCAAAGACCUGGUUUCCCUAGACCUUCCCAUAAGGAUAAUACCUUGAGACUACGGUGGUGGUGGUGCUGGUAGGCGACUGACUGGUACAGCAUGGCUACUGCAAGACUGUUUGUCAGAAUUACCCUGGUUUUGUUUGUGGCUCAUUUUCAGCAAUCGUUGGCUACAAGGUUUCCAUUGACAUAUGAAUUGACAAGUCGGGAACGAAACUGCAACACAGAUUGCUCGAGGGAGAAAACCAGACCAGUUUGUGGAAAUGACGGACAAACUUAUAAUUCACGGUGUGAAAUAAGGAGAGCAAGGUGUCUGGGAAAUUCAGUCCAAAUUCAACAUAAAGGCGAAUGUGAAGAACUGUCAAAAUGCCAAGCUGAGCAAGCUGCAAGUCGGAUACAAGCUCAAACCUCAACAGAAGGAGUGUUUGUUCCACAAUGUGAAGAUGAUGGAAGUUUCUCUAAGAUUCAAUGUCAUCAAUCCUUUGGAUAUUGCUGGUGUGUAGCAGAGGAUGGCAAACCGAUACCUGGAUCUUCAGUCAAGCAAGGAUCUAAAGCUAAUUCACCUCUACCAUCAUGUGAUGGGGAAUUCGUCCCUCAGCCCAACUUAGCUACUUUUCUCCCAAAUACAGAGCUCCCUACAGAAACCAAAGGAUGUAACCAAGAUGCAAGAAUCGAGUUCAACUCCAAUCUGAAAGAUAUUUUCAGGGAAGAGUUCCAUCGUUUACCAACUACCCAACCAUCUUCUGAGACAACGGGGGAAGUACAAAGACUUGAAGAUGCACAGAAACAAGUUAUUGAAUGGAAAUUUACAGAAUUAGAUAGCAACGUAGAUAUGGAGUUGGACAGAAAAGAAUUGAAUUCGCUCGGCAGAAUGAUGAAGAAGAUUGUCAAACCCAAGAAAUGUGCCAAGACAUUUGUGGAGCACUGUGACCUUGAUAAAGAUGGUCGAAUAGCCAAGACUGAGUGGUCUUUUUGUCUUGUGGAUAAUAUUUCGUUCCAUCUGUUUUUAUCCCUCAACUCAGACGAGCAACCAGAGGACCCUACAGCUGAUGGUAAUUCACAGGAAGAAACCCACCUUCCCAUCGGAAGUAAUCCAGUCACACCACAACCCUCUGGAGCUACAGCAAACACAGGCAAAGUUGUGACUAUAAUAUCCUGCCAAGCUGAGAGGCAACGUGCCUCUUUGAAAGCAGAGCUGUUUCCAGAUAGUGGUGUGUUUAUUCCACAAUGUAAUGCCGAUGGUUCUUAUAAAGCAGUCCAGUGCCAUGAUGAAGCCCAAUAUUGCUGGUGUGUUUAUGUAGAUACAGGAAGACCAAUACCAGGAACAUCAACACCAGCUUCUACUCAGCAAUUCCAUUGCAAUGAAAUGGCCAUGUCUAAGGGUUCUACUGGAAUCAGGCUAUUUAAAGAAUGUGAGGGGAGGAAGAAGGAGGAGUUUUUUGAGAUAUUAUUGGAUAGAUUUGCUGCAGAGAUGUCACUAGAGGACUCAGUUGCUGACCGGACUUCAUCAGAGCGACUUGCCCGCUGGAAAUUCCAGCAACUCGAUGUAAGUGGAAAUAAUCUACUGGAGAGAAGAGAGUACAUUGAUUUUAAAACUGAAAUCCAAAAAAUCAACAGUGCUGCUAAAAAGUGUAAACGCAACUUUAUGAAGUAUUGUGAUGAAGAUGACAACCUUGAUAUCUCAAUGGGAGAAUGGUUGACGUGUCUGGAAGUUAGAAAUGGCAACCCAUCACCACUACCCUCCGGCUCAAACCCAUUCAUUGACAGAUUGACAUGAGGCAAGAACACAGGGAUUGCUCUGUGUACCUACAAGCUCCUUCAAUAGUACUGAGAGAUGACUCAUCCUAAACUAUAGCAAUAAUGCUCAUCACAUCAUACACCAAUGUUGAUUGAUUUGGAAAUAGUAAGAAACAAGUGUCCCUUUAUCUCUACACAAAGAAAAGGUAGUUAUUGCGAAAUUGUUUCAUUCAGUACGGCUGAACGAAUAUUCAUUUUGGUUUUAUCCACUUUAUACGUUAGCACCUACUCUUUAUAGUACUUUCCCAAGUUAUGUGAAAAAAUCACACAUAGAUUACUUGGAUGGGAUUUGAACCGUUGACCUUUGCAAUUAUAGAGCAGCCAUCUAUUGUCUAGAAAUGCAAAGGUUAUGGGUUCGAAUUGCACCCAAGUAAUUUGCUGUGAGUUUUUCACAGAACUCGGGAAAAUGCUGAGUGUACAGUGCUAACACACAUCGGUGUAUGGGUAAAAACAAAAUUCUUUAUCCCUGUGGGAAAUUGCUUUGAUCAUUUGUAAGUCGUAAGAGCUAGGCCUAUUUAUAACCUCCUUGUACAUUAAGAACAAAUCUUCAAGGCUGAAACCAAAAUCAGAUUUUUUUCUAAGAUUAAAAAUAAAAACCAAAGCUGUUGAACAUAACCUUUUACAGCCAAGAUUUUUAAAUAAAAGUUGUGAUUAUGUAAAACUGACAUAUAUGAUUUUAGCAAAUUACUAUUUGACAAAAAUAACUUAGGUUUGUCGCUGUCCUUAAAGCGGCGUUAAAAUAGAAUAGAAUAAAAGCAAGGUUUCUUCACUGAAAUACCUCGUCUCCUUGAGGCAACAUUUGGAAAGGAAGUGAUAAAGUUGGUGGAGUUGGUGAAUGAUUUGAUCAUGUUAAUGGCAGUCAGCUGUUAACCUUAAAUCUGACAGAUCUAUGCAUCAAGUUGUUUGGUAUUACAGUGGGGGGGGGAGCUGCAUUUUAAAAGGUUGUCUCUCAUUAUUGUUUUACUAACCCUUGGGGGGUGUAAACAAUCACACAAAUGUGAGUUAACGUGUCAUGCAGUAACUUACAAAACACUGGGGAAUCAACAAACACCAAAGAACAUUUUGCAGUUAAUUGAAGUAACAAUCUUUAAGUGACCCCUGCCUAAGUGUUCUAGAAGAAGUUGUGGUUUAACACCAAAUACUUGUAAUAUAUGUAUACUUGAUUCAAAAAUUUGUUUGGUAAAAUUGUGUUAUUGUUGGGUAAUUAAUUGGUUGUUAAGUACGUGACCAACAGACAAGAUGGGACAAAUGUGAUCAAGCACUGGAGCUUUUAUAAGUAGGUGCACUUUGUUAGAAACAAAACUUGAAGGUGUAAGUAUUAUUUGUCUGAAGAGUUGCCAUGAAAAAGGGAGAACUGAAUGGCAAAAAGAAAAUCCACCAAGCAUGUAAAUAAACAAAUCACUUUAUGGAUAGAUUGGGAUUAAAGUCAGGGUUCCAAUUGAACACUGUCAAGAUUAAUUUUAACCAAUUAUAAUUACAAUGUUAAUUUGUGCUUACAAAGUGAAUGGCCUUGCUUUGUUAUUAAGCCCAAUUGUUAUUAGGCCCCUAUUGCUUAAGUUUUUAUCUGUAGAAUAUAUAAGUUAAUGAUUUUUAAGAGAACGCAAUUUGCCUAGCUUGUAAAAAGUGUAUUUUUUUCCUGUAAGUAUUCAUAAACAAAUACAUUUCAGCAAACCAAAAAGGUAUUUAAAAAUACUAAGUAUAUGUAAUGUACAGAGUAAUCUGACUUGUAAGGCCUGUGUUUGCUGUUUGAGGAGACGUACAUAAGCACAGGGAUUUGUUGAAGGAAAUCCCUUAAGCUUGAUCUAAGCAACACAGGAAGGCACAUAUCCUUAAUGUGGGUAACAUCUUAGUCUCAAGCAUUAAUCGGGGACCUAAAGGGAUCAACUGAUAAAUGUACGCAAUUCCACACUAAUGGCCAAAAGAUAACUUUGUAUAAUGGGUAAGACAGGCAUGCGAGAGUCAAACAAUUACUAUUAAUGUCCCAGUCUUUUCUUGUACAAGCUCUUCCCCAUUGUUUAUAGCAAAACUUAAUAAAUUCAUCUGUGACCUAGCAGUUACAAGGUCAUUUGAAAAGUAUUAGGUAUGAAAUAAAGACAGACAUGAAAAUGAUGAAAAAACCAACACACAAAUAUUGUGCCAGUAAAACUGAGAUAUUGCCAUAGGAAACAAUGGAAAAUACGCAAAACAAGUCAAGACGUUGAGCAUUGAACAGACGCUUUUGUGACCCAAUUAUGUCAACGAAUUUACCUAUAAUUGUCAUUCUUAACUGGUAAUUUCUAAAAUAGCUUGGGAAAGGCUUUCUUAACGUUAGUUGAUAACUAUCCCUUUAGAGGCCUCUGGACAACAUAGGACCAAUCAGAUUUUGUUUGUAAAACCAAAUACACGUACAUGUAAUAAAACAAAUUUCUGUCCUCGUUACACUUGGCCUUUUUAACUUUUUUUAAAACCACAAUCCUCAUGUGGCUUUGAAUAUAUGACAGACAAAACUACAUACUUCAUUUUAUAAUUACUAUCCCUGUUAAACUUCUGUUCCCAUUUGUGCGCCUUUGGCCAUCUAUGUCCAAUAGUUCACGCUGGCAAGACUAUUAAAACAUUUCCUAACUUGAUGCUCUAAUUAGAAAAGACUACUAGAUAGUAGUGUGUUUUUAAUUUAACUGAAGUAAUAUUGAUUGUUUUAAAUCACUCUCCAUUUUGACAUUGCUAGGACAAAAGUUUCCCAUCCCCACUCCAUGAACAUAAACUACCAAAAGGCUCUCCUCCCUUAUGUGUAUCCACAUACAUCACCUGUAAAUACAUGUAUUUAUUCAUUCUUAUUAAUUAUAGAAACAAUAAUAAUAUGUGCAGAAAACCCUUUUAAUUAGAAGGUAUAGCACACUGAUUUUAAAAUAACCCAAUUGGUAUUUGAAAGUUCAAUUAAAGAUGAAUUUGGUUCAUAUACCAAGCAGUCUUGUAUAGUUCCUUGUUUCUUUGCUUGUUUACAAGAUUAUCUUAAAGGAAAUAAACCCUUGUUUAGUCUACAUCGAAACUUUGUAAGAAAAACACUGUAAAAACUAUGUACAAAAUUAAAGAACCUUCCUCUGGAAUGAAA